AUGAAAGUUUCACUUGAUCAUGAUGUCUAUAAAUGGCUUUUGUCCCUUACUAUCGUUAAACCUCAAUAAGUGAAGAACACUGGUAAGGUUGAAUUGGAUGAGAACCAAAGCAAAUUAUUUAUUAAUGGCAUCAAAUUCGGAGAAGCCCUAAAUAAAAUGCUAGAAGUGAGAUCCAUUCAUGUCCCAAAUUUAAGUGAACAAAUGAAAAAUUAAUUAACUCCAGGAGUUAAAUUAUUCAAUUGGAAUAUUUUAUAAGAUGCAUUUCAAAAAAUAAACUUGCCUUUAGAUAACGAUAUUAAAAAUUUAAUUGUAAAUGGCGAUACAGAAAUGAUGAAUGAAUUGCUAAAAGAUAUGAUGGAAUUAGAUAAUCAAAUUAAUAGAAAAUAAUAAACAAGAGGAUCAGUUAGAUCCUCAGAGGAUUCCUCCUUCGAAUCUUAAAAGAAGCCUCCCAGCAGACCACCAUCAAAAUUACCAUAAACGAAAUACGAUAUUCAGGGAAAUAAUAACGAAUUAAUUUUAGAUGAAUUAGAUAUUAAAAAACCAUUGAAUGAUUCUAAGUCCUUACUUGAAUUUUUUAUUACAGGACUAUCUAAACAUCUAACUUUAAAACCUUAACAAGCUGCAUCUUUAUUAUCAAAUGGUAACAAAUAUUUAGCCCAUUUACUUGUUAAAGGAGUCAAGGGAGAAUUUGAAACUUUGAUAAAUUGGUUAAGUGAUAUAUAUGCCAAUAUCUCUAGAGUAUUCAAUUUUCUAGAAUAGCAAGACUCAAAUGUGCACUAUUUUUUUGCUACUAUAAAACCAGGUCUUUUAUCUAAAGAAUAAGAAAUUACUCUUUGGACUUUAAGGAUAAUGGGAAGAACCUAUUUCGAACUUUCUGAAAUGGAAAUGCACUAAUUAGGAUACGAAUGGUUCUGCAAGGAAAAUGGAGGAUUGGCAGCAACAUUUCUAUGCAUGUAAAGGCAUCCAAAUUUACUGAGUUAAAUCUGUGAAUUAUACAGUUAAGUAGCAAGAUUUAAUAUUGUUGAUUUCUUUACUGUGUAAUUCAAGAAAUAAUUAGCAGAUAAAUGUGUUGACAUGUUAAAUUCUUUGAUUGAAUUUCUCUACUAAUAGAAAACAUUGAAGGAUGAAUUAAUUCAAUAAGGAAUUGUGUAAUAUUGGGCUUCAGCAGCAUUAAAAAUGUCAGAUUCUGACUAGUUGCCGAUUAAGAUACAAGGGCUUAAGUAUUUAACUUUAAAUUGGUUAUUAUAUCCCAUUUAAUUUGAAGAAGACUAAAAUUAUCCAAACCAAUUCUUGUUCUUGAUGAAAAAGGGCACUAGAGAUUCCUCCAAUAAUUUGAAAUAUUUCUCACUUAAUAUGCUAUUCCGUUUGCUAGACAAAUUAGCUACAGAUAGAAAUCCAUAUGCAGCAGUUCUUUAUAAGAAACUGACCUUUACGCUAAUUGAAAAUUACAAUGAACUAGAUGUCAGAGAAUUCAUGUUGAACAAUUUUAUGUAUUUAAUUCAAAAAUACUCAUCUAUUCCCAUCGACAUUCUAAUAGAACCAUUGAUUAAGCAAGUGAUGUUGAAUGAUGCUUUAGUUAACUUAACAGAUAUGAUGUUAUUUAAAUUUAUUAGUAAACAUCCAAAGAUGAAAAUAAGGUUGGCAAUAUUAUUAUUGGAUUUGCUUGCUAAAAUAUACUUAAAUAGUGUGACAAUGUCGCAUUUAUCAUUAAAUCCAAUUCAAGUGCUUUUGGCUCGAUUUGCAGAAUCACCUUUGUUGAGAGAAUAUGCUUUUAAGCUUUGCAAAAUUGGACUAGCACUACAUUAUGGCAGCUUAAAGAGUAAGAGAUAAUAGGUUAAAACAAAUGAUUUGUCCAUCCUCUCUGCAUUACAAUAACACAAUAAUGAUCAUGAGAUACUGGAAGCUUAAAAAAGAGCCUAAAUAAUUGAAUUAAUUAAGUUCAUAAUAAAUAUGCAGUAAGAUGAAUUAAAUGAAUAAAUUAAACCCUUGUUAUGUCAUUUCUAUAUCGAAUUACAAGCUAUAAGUAUUAAGGAUAAGGGAGUGAUUACGCUAUUGAAUAUGUUUGGUAAUCCCGAUAAAAUAGUUUAGACUAUUAAAUCAUAAUGGGAGGCUGAAAAAUAGGAAUAGGAUGAAAUACUAAAGUAAUCUCAACUAAUUAUUGAUAAUGAGUUUGUGUAAAAUUAGCAAUUGCAUUCUGCUGAGCAAACUCCUUAAACUGUAAAGAGUGAGAAAAGAUAUUAAAAUGAUGGUGAUCCUUUUAAUGCUUUAAGACAAAAGGAAUUGGAGGAUGAGAAGAAGUUUUUGGCUCAAAAUGGUGUGGGGUUCAAAAAGAGAGUUGUUGAAUUAGAGAGAGGAAAGUAACCAAUUGCUCCAACUCCAAAUACUUAGUAGUAAUAAACGAAGAAGAAGCCUUAAUAAGUGGACCCUAAAGUCUUAGAAAAUAUUGCUAACAUAAAAUUAAAGAAGGAGGAAGAACUGCUGAAGAAAUAAUAGGAAGAGGAGGAAAAGAGAAAAAGAAUAGAGAUAUUACAAAAGAAGGCAUAAUAGGAGAUUUAGAAAAGAACUACUGGGAAAGUAAUUGAGAAAGCAGAUGAAAAGAAGGUUGAAUUGAUUGAUCUUGAUGAUCAUGAGACUCACGACUAUGAAUCGAUGAGCGUGGCUAUUAAGAAGAAUCAUAAAGCUAUGAAAUAUCUAUUCUCCAAAUACUCUAACACGACUAAUUAGGCAAGUAAAAAAUAGUACUUUGGGGAACUUUAGGAAUAGUAUGAAAUUAUAUAGUUAUCUGAUAUAAUGAGAAUGUUGAAAGAUUAUUAAGUGAAUAUGUCUAAGGAGGAAAUUCAAGCAUAUGUCAAAGCUAUAAAUCAGAAAUAUUCUGAAAAUAAGAGUGAUCAAUUUAGUUUAGAUUAGUAGAAUUUCGAGAGGUUCCUUGCUUAACUGUCGAUGAAAAUUGAAGGAUACACCUUUUAAAGAAAACCAGCAGGAUAAUGUUUGGAAUAGUUUAUGCAAAAUUUUGGUUCAAUUGCAAAAUCAAAAAAUGAAAAUCACCUCAUAUUUUUGGAUCCAGAUAAUAUCAAUAUUGAUCCAGAUAGAGAUAUUAUUAGAUAGUUAAAUUUACAGUUGUAAACUCAAGAUGUACCUGUUCCUAGUAAGUUCAAGAAAGUUACAGAAAAAUAAUUGAAUUAACGAUAUGAAUACAGAUAGUAAGCAAUAUUGGGAAUUGAAAAUGCAUGGCUUGAUUGUCAUGAAAUAGUCAAUUAAUUGAUUUCGGAAACAUUUAAAACUAAUGUUAUGGAACCUUUAUCGGAUAUAAAGAUUAUUUGGAAAGUCAAACCAAAUCCACAGCAAUAACAGGAGCAAGUUGUUUAAGUGAAAUAGAGAGAUAACUCAUAAUAGAAGAAAGUCAUUAAUAGAGCCAUUGAAGAUAAAUUAUUGAAGUAAUAGGAAGAAGAAUAGAAGAAGAUGGAUGCUGAGGAGAAAAGACAAAAACAUUAGGAAAAGUUAAAAUAGGAAUAUUUGAGAAAAAAGAGAGAGAAGGAAGAACAGGAAUAACUUAAGAAGUAAGAGGAGAGAUAAGAGAUGAUUGAAAAAGCAGAAAGAGAGAAAAAGUAAUAGGAAUAAUUAAAGAAAGAAGCAGAAGAAAAGAAGUUAAAAUUAAGAGAAUAUAAAGAAAAAAUGGCAGAAGAAAGCAAAAUAAAAGAGGCUUAGAAUGUGGAAAUACAAAAAUAAAAAUAAGAAUUAGAAAGAAAAUAAAGAGAGGAAUUUUAGAAGAAAUAGAAAGAAGAAGUAAGUAAGUUGUUGGAACAAAAGAAGAAAGAGUUUAAGGAUAAAGAAUAAUAAGAGAAAUAAAAGGAAUAGAAAGCAAAAGAAGAAAUGAAGGAAUGGAAAAACAAUGUGGAGAUAAUGCUUUAAUAAGAAUAAGAAGUAAGAUAAAGGGAGAAGUAAAUGCAUCAAAAGAUUUAAUAGAUGUAACAAAAUUAGGAUAUUCAAUCCAUAUAUAAGAAAUAUGAUAAAUAAUUAUAAGCCAUAUAUCAUGCUUAUCAAGAGUAUACUGAUUGGAAAAUUGAAAAUGCAGGAGUCGAGAAAGAGUUAUUACAAUUCAAAGGGUUUACUAAUUUUGCUUCUUAAUUCAGCAUUUAUCCAGCUAUUAUUACUCCUGAAGAUGCAUAACUAAUCUUCAGAUCAAUCACAAGAGAAAGAGAACGAUAACAAUAAUAAUUGAAUGAAAAAAAUGGUUUUAAUGCUAUACCACCAAAGGGAAUGAAUUAUCAUGAAUUUUAAUAGGCAUUAUUGAGGAUUGCCAUAAAAGGAUAGAAAUAUUUUGAUCUCCUGAAUGAAAAAUAUGAAAAUAACAUGAAAACCAUAGAUAUGAUUGCAUUAAAAAAGGAUCAAGCAAUUUCAGAAGAAGGGCCACUGGGAGAACGAGAAGAUCAAUAUUAACAAGUGGAUGCAACCAGUUCAAAGACUAUGCAAGGCUUAAUGUACUUUUUGGAUAUGCCUGAGGAAAAAACUGAAAUGAAUUCUAAAUUAAGAGCAUUAAAAUUAGAAUUCUAGAAAGUUGCAGCACAAAGAGAUAAAAAAUAAAUGGUUUAAUAAAAGUUAACAGAGGAAGUCAAGUAGCCAACAAAACGAAAAUAGUCUUUAGGAUAAAAGGAAGGAAAAGACAAAAAACAACCUUAGAGGAAUAAAUCUUAAAAUAUCAGAGUUGAUUCUGCAUAGAAUAAAAUGAAAUCGUCUUAAAAAGAGUAAAUACAAGCAGUUGAUGAAAACGAACUAAACAAGCAAUCUCCUAAGAAAAUAGAAACUGUAGGACCCGAUGGAAAAAAGGAAAGUUGGAAAGUUAAUUAAUAAAAACAAUGA